GACACAAUCGCCUCCUCGUCUGUGCCCAUUCACCAUUGUGCCAUACACUUGGCUAAUGUUCUAACAUAACUUAGUGUUUGCUAUCAAUUCGUCAAUCAUGUCGACUCUUAGUCAUCACCCGUACGCGUUUUCCAUGCACCCCGGCAUGUUACCGGAGUACCCUAGCGCGCCACAGCCGCUACCGGCGUCUUCACCACAAUCAGAGGGCCACAUCAAGCGGCCCAUGAAUGCCUUCAUGGUCUGGUCGCGACUUCAGCGGCGCCAGAUCGCAAAGGACAACCCGAAGAUGCACAAUUCAGAGAUCUCGAAACGCCUCGGCGCCGAGUGGAAACUGUUGACUGAAAUGCAGAAGAGACCGUUCAUCGAUGAAGCGAAAAGGCUCCGAGCACUGCAUAUGAAGGAGCAUCCCGACUACAAGUACAGGCCACGAAGGAAGCCCAAGCCCCCAACAGCCGGAGGUGCCCCAGGCGCUGGAGCUUUCCCGAGCUUUCCGCUUCCUUACUUCGCGGGCCCCGCACCUUCAGUUGGACACUUAGAUGCUCUUUCUUAUCCCGCGGUAUCUCCGUAUUUCCCUCACCAACUGGAUCAUCUACAGUUCUCGAAAUUGAUGGCGCCGACCGAAAAGUUGCCGACGGCGUCGUCAGCUGCAGCUGUUGUGUCAUCGUUCUACUCCUCGCUGUACACGCAACCCGCACAUCCGAAGCCAUUCUCAUCUCCAUUGUUCCACCAGUACGGCGCAGCUCCACCUUCGCCAGUGUCUCCGAAUCAGCACAGCCCUCACGACGACCAACUAAGACGGCCGGUGUCUGUUAUAUAUUGAAGACCAACUUGCCUCCCUUGAAGGACCAACCUUUUAGGGUUUGGCAUCAGUGAAAAAUAUUUAAGUGUUAUAAACAAAGACUAUUGAAAUCCCAAGGACCAUAUUUAUUGUUUUCUAGAGUUACGCUUAGUUGAAAAUUGUAAAUGGAGUGUGUCCCACAUCAAGUGGCUUGUAAAUAUGUUGAAGGUAAUCGUAGACCCGUUAGAUGGGUAACGGAUUAAGUUUACUUAACUGUGAUUUUUGUUUUCGACGCAUCUUCAGAUAUAUAAGUUAGUAAAACUGUUUCAUCAGUUAUGUGAAGUGAGAUCGGUACCAAAAAGAGAUUAUUUCAUGUAGGUGUCAGAAUUUAGCUGUAGUAAGAACUUCUUUGACGUGUAUCAUGUUUUUUGUUUUCUCUCAACAAUUAUUGUAACGUCUAUUUGUUAAGUUUGCUUGAGUCGUUCCAUUAAGGCGACGACCGACUCAAUCUACUUCGGUUAUUAUGGAAUUUAUUUAUUGCCAGUGUAGAUUUAAACGGUAUUAUUGUAAAUUAGUUGACUAAAUCUUAAGUGGCUAGUGCAUACCAAUUGUAUAUAUUAGUUUAUAAUUCA